CUUUUCUUUUCACACAACUGUCUGUUAUCAGAUUAACACUUAGUGGGUCUGCAUCUUGGUUUAUAUAAUAAUAACUCCUUCUUACAACUAUUUGAGCAAUAUAAUAUGUGCACUUGACCACCCCAAAACCGCAGCACCCUCAGCAGCAUCCUCAGAUUUUCAGCUUCCACAACUCAAAUUCUAGUGAACCAAGUUUUGUUCAUCGCUGACUACUGAAUUCUCCAUCUGGGUUGGUUUGUUUUCAUCAAUCAGAAGCUGGGUUCUCUCUCUUUUCUGUAGCUAAGCCUUAGAAACUAGAAAGAGUAUUUGGCAUGGAGUGGUACUAUGGAUGUGAAAAUAGUGGCUUUCUUGUUCCCAAUGAGCAAGAAAAUUUGGUGGAAAGGCAUCCUUCACCAGAAAGAUGGUCAGAAUGGGGAAUAAGUACACCACCCCAAGAGUGUUUGAUGAUGGACACAAAUGAAACAGAGGAAGAAUUCAAUUUCAUUGAUGAAAGUUUCAACAAUGAAAUUGAGUUUGACCAUUCUAAAUAUGAUAAAGACCAGUCUAGCAGUUCAAGUGUGUGUGGAGGAUUGACUGAUCAAUCUUUUCAGCAAACAGCACUUUCAUGUGAUCAUCAUCAUCAGCCUAAGUAUCAGCUUCAAGACCUAUCAACUUUCGAAUGCACCGAUGACAUUUUCUUGUACAAGCAACUCUAUAAGCAUGAACCUGUUAUUGCAUGGGAUUCUGUACUUGAAGAUUUUCCUUGUGUUGAAAGCCUACACAAAUCUUUCUUUUAUCCUGAAAACCAGUGCAGCAGCAACACAACUGGUGGAGUACAGAAAGAUUUUGCAGCUUCAGAUUUGGUUCCUUGCAACUUGGACUCUAAGGAUUGCCUAGAUAUAGAGGGGCAUGCAGUCAAAGUCUUGGACCCUUUUGAGCAGUCUAAUGGAGAUGACACCAUGCUUGAGCAGUUCUCUCUUGAGGAAUUUACACUGCAAGAUUUUGAGAUGAUAAUUGCACAGUUCACUGAGAAGACUCGUAUUGGUUUUCGAGAUGCCAUGUACCGUCUUGCUAGAAAUACAAAACAACAUGUAGUUGAGGAUCUGGAUGGAGCUCUUAACAAUGAAACCAUGAGGUCUGAGGUCAAGAAACCAAUGGAAUCAGAGACCAACAGAGUUGACAGAGCAGUUGCAAGUCUCAUGUUCAACAAGAUGGAACUUAACAUACUAGAUCUUCCUCUUACAACUCUAGUAAACUUGAAGCAAGAAGUAACCGGAAGUAAAUGUCUUGAAGGAAAAAGAUCAAAAGCCUUUGAUGUGGAACAAGAAUCUCUCUAUACACCCGGAAAAGUUACCCACCAAUGCUGAGGUUCCAAUAUUUGAACCAAAGAACCAAGAAGUCACAGAAUCAUAUUGUCCAUGCAGCUCCUACAAAGAAGUCAUUCAUGCUUGAGUUUGGUUAAGUAAUGUGAUUGUGAGGUGCUUCCUAGUAGCUAAACCAAAAAUAAUAAAAACCAAUUUUCUGUAAUUAUGCAAAGGAAAUUUUGACUAUUUUGGCUUCUGUGAUCUCCAUGUAUAUGUGCUUUUGCACAAGAAUUAUUUGUAUUAUGUAGCUUCUGUCCAAGGGCUAGAUGUAUGCAUUCAGCCCUAUUUUGAUUUUGAUUGGAAUGUAAAUGGUUGAAUUGAUCAACUAGCUAGCAAAGAUGGGGUCAGUGACUCUGUUGAGUAUUCUUAGGUGCUGUACACCUUGAUAUUUUGAUCAACUAGCAGUUAGAAAAGGUGGGGGUUACUUGAGGA